CGUUGCGUGCUUUCGGCCAGCAGCACCGCAAACGCUCCUGGCUCUGGUCGAUUGCCAGAGGAGGGGUUUUGCCCAUCUCUGUUCUGGGCAGGGUGUGGUUGUAGCACCAACCCAACGUGGCUCCAUCCCAUCCCUGACCCCCUCCAGUCCCAGUCGGACAAUAUUUGCCCCAUUUUUUCCCCAUGCACGGGCGGCACACGCGCCCACUGCCCACUGCUGCGCCCCAUGUUUUUUGCCCCAGAACAACAACAUCAACAUCCCAGCCAUGAACCUUGACCCUCCCCCAUUGCCCGCUGCCCGCCGCCCGACCGUCAGCCUUCCUUGACGUCAUAUCUCCCUCCGCGCCUGCCUCGCCAUGCCCAGGCUCUCCGCCAAACAGUCCACGGGGCCUGGGCUCAACGCCCUCAUUUAUGCCGAGAUCCAGCAGCUGAGGCGCUGGGUCGCCUCGUUCCCGCGCCGCCCCUCCCAAAAGGAGACCAUGGCCUGGAUCGAGAAGAGGUUCGACAAGAAGAUCGCGCAAUACACCAUCUCCCGCUACCUCUCGAGCCGCUACGCGCACGUCGACACGGUCCCGCUCGGCGACGCCUCGCUGCAGGCCACCAGGCCACGCGUCGGGCAGUGGCCCACCCUCGAGCGGAUGCUCUAUCAGUGGCACCAGGAGCAGCCCCCGGGGAUAAGGGGUGCCGCCAACGAGCUCCUGCAAGCAAAAGCCCUCGAGAUCUGGAUGCAGCACCAGGAGGCGCGGGAGGGCGAGCCUUCCACCACGCCGCGCCCCGCCCUCGGCGCGAGCUGGGUGCGCAUGUUCAAGGAGAGGCACGGGCUCAAAAGGAGGAACUCGCGCGGUAAGCCCUUGGUGAUGGCGACCGCUGCCACAGAAGGGGACGCGGCCGCGGCUGCCCUGGAAGAGCACAACGAGGCGGUCAACGGUUCCGAUGCGACGCCGGAGGCAGAUUCGGAGAUUGACCACCACGAGGACGCCGAGGAACCGGCAGAGGCGGAAUAUAUCACCAACGAAGUCACGCCCGUCCGGCACGUCGUGGAGGCGGUCAUGGAGGACCCGCCGACGACCAAUGAUAGUCACGCUGAUAAACCCACUGCCGCUGCUGACGACGGCCACGCCCCAGGCCUGCAGUCUCCCCUGGCGCUCUCCGCGGGGGUCACCAAGCUCGCGGAGCUUAUACAGUUUGUGCAGACGUCUAGGGACACGGACAAGGAUGACCUGCUGCUGCUCCAAAGCCUGAGCAAUAAAUGGGACGCGCUCAUGGCGCUGGAGAGGGCGCGGGCGCGUCAGAGGGAAACGGUGGAAUCCUUCCACAGGCUGCACGGCGCGUAGUAGUAGCGCCGUCGUGUUUUUUUUUUUUGCGGCCCAUGGGUCGUCGUCGGGGUGUCGUAAUAUAAUCGGCAUAUAUUGAAGGCGGCGGCGGCGGCGCGGCGCGCAAGUGGAUAAUAAUAGUAAUAAUGCGGGAGCUGCGGAACAGGACCUCGGCGCGUGCCCCUACAUGUACAAGGGGGCGGCGGCGGGCUAGCGGUCCUUGGCGCGCGUUAGUGGCCAUCCAUGGCCGCCGUGCUUGGGAGGGAGGAUGGGCGUGAUGCAGGGCACGAGGAAACUUUAAAGAUGAACCAGCAAAAAAUAAGGGGAACUGUUGAAUCCGAACCGGUCUGCCCGCUCACAUGACUGACAUUUAGUGAGGUCCCC